AUGGACCAAGCCAAUAUGAGCAAGCAGGAUAUCAUGACUUGGACUGAAAAUGAUACUCAACCAAGCGGUGACGGCGAAAUCAUGGGCGAAGUCCAGCCAAAAGUCCAUUUCAACCUCUGGCAUUCUCUGGCCAUGAACUUUUCCAUCACAUGCACGCCUCUCGCCAUUGGGGCCUAUUUGUCUCUUGUGAUUGGUCUCGGAGGAUCGCCAUACUAUAUAUGGGCAUUCCUAUUUGGUUCAUUCUUCCAAUUGAUUCUUGGGUUAGCGGUGGCAGAGGUUGCUUCCUCGAUCCCGCAUUCUUCAGGACCGGCGUACUGGGUUCAGCAUCUUGCUCCUACAGAAUGCGCAAAGUUCUUCGGUUUUCUUGUGGGCUGGACAACAACGGCAACAUGGUGGUUCAUCGCCAUCGCUUCUGAUCUCUACCUGGCCCAGCUCACACUUGGGCUUGCAAUGGCACUUAACCCAGGAUAUUUGCCACCUCAGUGGCAAUACUAUCUCGUCUACUGUGCCUGGGCUGUGGCAGGCUUUGUGAUCAAUCUCCCAUACAUCUUUCACGCGUUGGGCCCGACCUUGAUCGGCGCGUUUGGAGUGAUCAAUGUUACAGCAAUCUUCAUCCUCGUCAGCCUUCUCGUCCGAGCUACCCCCAAGCCCCCCGCCCACGAGGUUUUUGUGGACGUGGUCAACGAAUCUGGUUGGUCAUCUAACGGCGUCGUCUUCUUCCUCGCCCUGUUACCGUCUGUUCUGUGCGUCAGUGGAUUUGACGCCAUCACGCACAUCACAGACGAGCUUGACCGGCCAACGAAGCAGGUCCCACAGGUCAUCAUCGGAUCAUCUGUCAUCAGUGCCAUAACUGGAUUCGUCAUGACAAUUGUGUAUUCAUUCUGUAUAACCAAGCCGGAGAAUCUCCUGGCGCCAGUGGGACAUCAGCCGAUCAUCCAACUCUUGUUCGACUCAUGUCGUUCCAACGCUCUCGCAACUAUUGGCGCCAUCGGCGUCAUCCUAAGCUUCUACAUUGCCAAUGUCUCAACAUUCACCAGCUGGAGCCGGCUUUACUGGUCUUUGUCACGAGAGAAUCAGUUCCCUUUUUCCAACUGGACGUCAAAACUGUCAGCCACCGAUAGUCUUCCCUGCAACGCCAUGGUAGUCAAUCUACUUCUCGUGCUCGCGCUGGGUGCGAUCCAGCUCGGCUCUCUGACAGCACUGAAUGCAAUACUAGGGGGUGCCGUUGUUCUCGGAACAGUCAGCUACUCAUUGACCUUUGGCUGUGCCCUCUACAGAGGUCGGGAUUAUCUGCCUUCCCAGAGAUGGUUGAACCUUCGUGGGUUCGGCACUCCGAUUAUCUACGUUGCUCUUAUAUGGUGCCUUUUCAUCAGCGUAUGGCUUUGUUUCCCUCUUUAUCUCCCUGUCAAGCCGGAGUACAUGAAUUGGGCCUCUGUAGUGGUGGUGGGAGUCCUUUUAGCAGCCACCAUUGAUUGGUUCGUACGUCCUUCGGCUAGAUCUCGAAGUGCGACUGAGGUCAACUGA